ACAGUUCGUUGCUGUCAGUGAAUGAUGGGCAGGAGCUGGGGGCAAGCAGGGCUCACGUGCAGCACCGUCUUCCCUCCUGCUCCUCUCCUGCCCUUAUCCCAGAAACAGCAGGAUGCCAACAAGAGAGAAGAGCCUGAAAAUGGGCCUCCCAGCCCUCUUCAGCCUUUUCUUUGAUCCCACUCGCUUCUCCCCUCCUCAGUGCUUGUGCUCUCUCUCACCUCUUGUGUCCAUCAGUGAUGACUGUGGGGAUGAGUCCGGCUUUCCCAGAGUGCUGCCAGUGCUUGGUGUGGGGAUGCAGGGCUGGGGGCCAGGCUGGGCAGCAGCAGCAACCCCCGUGUGUGUGUCCUUGUGUGUGUCACCAGUGUCACCAGUUCUGUCCUGUCUCUCCCAGCAGCUCAGGAUGUGGCGUCAGAGGCUGGUGGGGCUUCUCCGGCUGUGUGGCAGCUCCAGCCCUGCCUUGCUGUGGCCGCCCGGUGACACCAGGCCCGUCCUCGCUGCUGCCACUCGCUGCCACCACACGGUGCCGGAGUCCCUCAAGUGUGCCUGGCAGUUACACCACGACCACCUCGAGCUCAGGUACGCCAACACGCUGAUGCGGUUGGACUUCGUGUGGCUGCGGGACCACUGCCGCUCCGCCUCCUGCUACAAUGCCAAGACCAACCAGCGCAGCCUGGACACAGCCAGCGUGGACCUGGCCAUCAAACCUAAGGCUGUGCGAGUGGAUGAGACCACGCUCUUCCUCACCUGGCCGGAUGGGCACGUGACGCGCUAUGGGCUGGAGUGGCUGGUGAAGAACAGCUAUGAGGGGCAGAAGCAGCAGGUGAUGCACCCGCGCAUCCUCUGGAAUGCUGACAUCUACCGCCAGGCCCAGGUGCCCUCCGUGGACUGCCGGAGCUUCCUGGAGACAGAUGCAGGGCUGAAGGAAUUCCUGCAGAACUUCCUGCUUUAUGGCAUCGCUUUUGUGGAGAACGUUGCACCCACCAAAGAGGACACAGAAAUGGUGGCAGAAAGGAUCAGCUUGAUCAGGGAGACCAUUUAUGGCAGGAUGUGGUACUUCACCUCGGACUUCUCCCGGGGAGACACUGCCUACACCAAGCUGGCACUGGAUCGUCACACAGACACAACCUACUUCCAGGAGCCCUGUGGCAUCCAAGUGUUCCACUGCCUGAAGCACGAGGGCACGGGUGGGCGGACGCUGCUGGUGGAUGGUUUCUAUGCGGCAGAGCGGGUUCUCCAGUGCGCCCCAGACCAAUUUGAGUUGCUCACCAAGGUCCCGCUGAAGCACGAGUAUGUCGAGAAUGUGGGAGACUGCCACAACCACAUGAUUGGAAUUGGGCCAGUUCUCAAUGUCUACCCCUGGAACAACGAGCUUUAUCUCAUCAGAUACAACAACUACGAUCGUGCUGUCAUCAACACGGUGCCGUACGACGUUGUGCACCGCUGGUACGCUGCUCACCGCACUCUCACCACUGAGCUCCGGAGACCAGAGAAUGAGCUCUGGGUCAAACUGAAGCCAGGCAAGGCCCUGUUCAUAGACAACUGGCGUGUCCUGCACGGGCGGGAGGCGUUCACCGGGUACCGCCAGCUCUGCGGCUGCUACCUGACGAGGGACGAUGUGCUCAACACCGCGCGCCUGCUGGGACUCCAGGCUUAGCCCGGCCACGUGCACGGGGACCUGCUGGUGUCACCCCGAUGAUGUUGCACAUACCUCAAACCCCUCCACCCUCUCUGAGCCAUUCCCGGUGCCUGCUCAGGAGAGGGAGCAAGCCAAAGAAACUUGUGGGAGCUCUGUGGGACCUUGUUCUUUCUGCCUUUGAGCACAGCCACCUCUUGCUGUCUGCACCCAGCCUGGUUGCUCCAGCCCCUCAGACUGUCUUGGCUCUGCCCAGAAAGGGCUAAUUGCUCCAUGGGAAGUGCUCCUCCAACCAAGUGCCUUCAGGAUUUGGACUCUUUGCAUUUAUUCCUGCUGUUCAGCCUACUGCCAGCUGUAGUUCCAGGUUUUUGGGUUGUUUUCUUCAGCAGAGCACAGUGGAAAUCUUUGGGGCUUUGUCUCACCCCAGUCUGGACUUCUUCCCUUCUAGAGAAAAGGAAAAUCCGGCCCCCGUUUGAUGUGAACAUGCCACUACUCAAACUGAGGGCUGUUGGCAAAUUUCAGCGGCUUCUUAAACGUACCACGUACCCCGAGAGCAGUGACUGAUACAAGCUGUGCUGGUGGAGAGGUGGCCUGCAAAGGGAGAACCCCCUCUUGGGAGGGUUUUUCUGAAGAGCUUUAGGUUAGAAGGAACAGAAGUAGCAAGAGCUGCAUGUUGGGAAGGAGAGCUGUGUUACAUGAGGGAUGUAGGUCUCGUGUUUCCUUGACUUCCAGUAAUGCCACGUGUGUGUUCUUGUGUUUGAAUUGAGGGCGAAGGCUC